UAAUUUAAUUAUCACCUAUAUUGUACAGCAUGUGUCACAUCAUCGACAACACUUCCCUCCUCCAUUUGUUUUUUGAAAAAGGUCAGCUUCACUGAUUACCGCAACGUCACCUAGAUAUUAAUCGUUGUGUCCAAUGAAUGCUAGUUUGUGAAUAAUUGAAAUUUAAUGAGACAGGUACUUUCAUAUUGAUGUUCGAAGUUUUCAAUCUUGAACUUUUGGACAAAUAAUGCAAUUUAGACUCAUUUUGCGUAAUUAUUUAUUGUAGUGACAUAUACAUGUCUCGUUGCUAUUUCUGAGAAGCAUUUUUAUCAACUUGUGUACGAAAAAUAUACUUAUGGUUGAUUGCAUGUCUUGUAGUUGGUGAUUGUCAUGAGCGCAUCCGCAUCAUAGCCAUACCAACCUUUUUCAUCCAUUAUUUCUUUGUGAAAUUAAUAGUUCUUAUAUAUUUAUAUUUGACAUUGCAAACAGAAGAAUAUGAAAAUCCCUUUUUAAAUCGAACCUGCUAUCACUUGCUAACUAGGCAUGAAUUUUGGUAGUGGAAUUGAUUCGCAAAGACACUCUUUUUUUGUAAGAAUCAGUAAAUUUAAGUUCAGGUUGACUGUACUUAAUUUUUUCGAAGAACUGAGGCUGGAUUUUUCUUAAUUUGUUUUCAUAUUAAUAGGGGGUUAGUAAUGCAACUGCUAGCUUUUUUGCUCUAGGGAGGUGUACAGGCCUCAUUUUCUAACAAAGUGGCUGAGACAACCUUUAUUUGCCUACAAGUUUGAAAAUUCACCGAAAAAAGACUCACAAGUGGCAAAAAAUCCUCGUUAUUUAAAGAAAACGUUAUUCAAAAUUGCAUUUUUCAGUAGCUCAGCCUCAGCUUGUUUAUAAUCUGUUCUUAGCUUUUGACCAAUUUUGAGGCUCGUAUUCUUAUAAAGUUGUUCUUAUAAAAUAAGAAUGUAAUAAAUCAUUUUUGGAAGUGGCACAAAUUUAAACGAGUUGAUGCAGGGCGAAAAGACUAAGUGGCAUUUAAAUUUGUUAGGUGAAGGAAUCAAAUGAGCAGUACAGCCCUUUAUCCUUUCAGACUUCUUACGCCUUUCAGGAAUAUUCAAAAGGCGGUACUCAAAUCUUCCAGAUUUCACUAAUAAAAAACCAUUUUUAGAGAAAAAGAACAUCAUUGUUAACAGUAAAAUGAAGAAGGGCGUUAACUUGUAGGACAGUUGUAUCCAAGAGACCUGCAAACAUUUUAAAACGACAUGAUGAAGUCAUCAGGUAACAUGAGUCUGAUAAUGUAGCAUUAUAGGCAUAGUGGAUGAUAAACCCUUAAAGGGCUGGGGCUUAGUAUGGGUUUUGCCUUGAUAUUAUUGCUUCAUUGAGAUAGAGCUGCCCCAAUGGGGCCUGAAAUGCGAUAGAUUGUUCCUCAUUUUGAAGAGGGGCUACAACCCUACAAGCCCCUAUGUCUUCUAUUCUCGUGGUAACGAAAACACAGUAUAAAAUACUUUGUAUGUUUAGAAGAUCCAUCUAGGAGGGUAACUCAUGAUAGAUUUGCAUCGAGGGCUUUUUAUUCAAAAAACAAACAUUUACUUAGUAUAAGGAUUUAGUAUUAGGGUAAGAAGUUCGUAUAAUUUAUGAGGCAUUUUAUUUUUGCGUUGAUUCAUUGGAUAUCAACAAUAUUUACAUAGCAGAAUAUGUGGUUAUUUGCUUAUAUGGUUUUUUUUUCUUAAUAGGGUUCUAAAUUGUGACGUCACCAAAAACCUAAGUCAAAAAACAGCCUUUUUCGUUUCAAAGGCCUACCUGCAUGAUAAUUAUUGAAUAAUUGGAUCAUUCAUCUGCUAUUAGUUGAAGUUUCUCAAUGAGGGGUAAGGUAAACUGGCAUGAUCGAGGUACUUCUAGUUUAGAAUCGGUGUUGUCACCAACCAUUUUUUAAAUGACCAUAAAGACAUAAAGUUAUCAAGUACUCCCCGUGUCCCUGACAACCUACUUGCGCAUUAAACCGUGGCGGUAUUCACCCGCAUUAAAAAAAACUAGACAUGGGCUCCGAAGAAAGUUAAAAAGAAGGGGGCCAGGGGAAAUUAAAGAUCCAUUAUAAAAUAUCUCACAUAAACUCUAUGGUUUAACAAAAAUAUACGUAUUUUUUUAUAAGAAACUAAGGUCCGAUGCUGGUAGGCAGUUUCUUAAAUUUCUGGCCAUGUGGCUAUCAAAAGUUUCUUACAUUUUUCUUAAAUUUCUUAGGUAAUAAAUUUUUUAAACGUGCUUCCAAGGUAAAGAAAAUAGUUCCUUCACAUUCAGAGAUAAAAUAUUCAGUAGGCAGUUUCUUAAAUUUCUGGCCAUGUGGCUAUCAAAAGUUUCUUACAUGUUUCUUAAAUUUCUUAGGAAAUAAAUUUUUUAAACGUGCUUCCAAGGUAAAGAAAAUAGAUUCCUUCACAUUCAGGAAUUUUUUCUCUAGAAUGACUAACUCUGUUGAAAUCUAUAAACAGUAAAACUCAAUGAACUUCAUCAAUGUCAAGUUGAAGUCAAAGCAAAUUUUUAAAUAGAAAUUUCUUGAGUGUGCAUUUUACUGAGAAUGAAUGCAAACUGUCUGUCAAUUGUAGUGUUGCAAUAUACAGUGAUGUUCAAUGUCAAGACUGUUUCGAGUGUCAACUCGGAAAAUUAAAACUGCAAAUUAUAAAUGUUUCUUAUCUUUUUUCAAUUUGGGUAGGGUUGUUUCUUAACUUUCGAAAAAUUGAGCCUAUCGUUUCUUUUAACCUGUUUCUUAUAAAAAAAUGAAUGUACGGAGGCACUGCUAGAUGUAUGGAUGUCAAUGCAUUAGAAUUUACUUAUAAUUUACACUAGUUAAAUUGAGGAUGCAAUUAAAUGCAGACGUCUGGAGCGAAAUUUCCCCUCAAGACUUCCAAAGUUUUUAUGGUUCGUGCAUAGUUCAGCAUCAUCAUGUCCUGGAAUGCAACCCUUUUUCAGGUUGCCUUUAGCGGAAGUCGAUUCCUAUUAUUCUGCAAACAAUACUUGACGUCACAUCCUCCGCCUUGGUUAGGUCGUUUUGAUGUUCAGAGUGACUCCAUAAUGGCGUCUGUGAGUAAUUCUGCUCGAAAGUCACCGGCCGCAGCUACUAAGCCACCUCAGUUGAAUGCAAUGAAGGGCUUGUCCUUCAACGAAAGCAUGUCAAGAAGGCCUCCAAGACUGCGUCGCCGCUCUAUUUCUGUGUCUUCUACUGAUAGUUACAGCUCAGCAAGCUACUCAGAUGCUAGUUAUUCUUCAGAUGAGGAAGAUGGUGGACUAAACCCAAGAGAAACCCAACAGACAAAUACCAGUGGGAAGAGUGACUUCUGCGUUAAGAAUAUCAAACUUGCUGAUUUUGGCAGAAGAGAGAUUGAAAUAGCCGAGCAAGAAAUGCCUGGUUUGAUGCUUCUUAGAAAACGCAACAUGAACGAAAAACCAUUGGAAGGGGCAAAAAUCGUUGGAUGUACGCACAUAACUGCACAAGCUGCUGUUCUUUUGGAAACCCUGUCGGCAUUAGGCGCUCAAGUGAGAUGGUGUGCUUGCAAUAUAUAUUCCACACAGAAUGAAGUGGCGGCAGCAUUAGCUGAGGCAGGUUAUCCAGUUUUCGCAUGGAAAGGAGAGACAGAGGAUGACUUUUGGUGGUGCAUAGAAAAAUGCAUGCAGGCACCUAGCUGGACACCAAACUUGAUUCUUGACGAUGGUGGUGAUUCAACCCAUUUAAUGCUUAAGAAGUUUCCUCAAGCUUUUAACCAUUUGAAAGGAAUUGUGGAAGAAAGUGUCACUGGAGUUCAUAGGUUAUAUCAACUGUCAAAAGCUGGAAAGCUGACUGUUCCUGCCAUGAACGUAAAUGACUCCGUUACCAAAACCAAAUUUGAUAAUCUGUAUUGCUGUAGAGAGUCAAUUUUAGAUAGUUUAAAACGAACAACAGACAUCAUGUUUGGUGGGAAACAAGUCCUUGUUUGCGGGUUUGGCGAAGUUGGUAAAGGUUGUUGUCAAGCUUUGAAGGGUCUUGGUGCUAUCGUUUUUGUUGCAGAAAUCGAUCCAAUUUGUGCCCUACAGGCUUGCAUGGAUGGGUUUCGUGUCGUCAGAAUGGAAGAAGUCAUCAAGCAGGUUGAUAUUUUGGUCACGUGCACAGGCAACAAACACGUGGUAAGGAAGGAGCAUCUAGAUAGAUUAAAAAAUGGAUGUAUCGUCUGCAACAUGGGGCAUUCAAACACAGAGAUUGAUGUUGCAAGUCUAAGGUCGCCUGAUUUAACCUGGGAGAAGGUGAGAUCACAAGUAGACCACAUAAUCUGGCCUGAUGGCAAACGGAUCACUCUGCUGGCAGAGGGUCGACUAGUAAAUUUAAGCUGUUCCAGUGUUCCAUCGUUUGUUGUCUCAAUAACAGCAACAACACAAGCCAUUGCUCUAAUCGAGCUAUUCAGGGCGCCUCCAGGGCGGUACCAAAAUGAUGUUUAUUUGCUGCCAAAGAAAAUGGAUGAAUAUGUGGCAAAUCUUCACUUGCCCGCAUUUGAUGCCCAUCUCACCGAACUUAGCGAAGACCAAGCCAAGUAUAUGGGAGUUUCGAAGACAGGGCCGUUCAAACCGCAUUACUACAGGUAUUGACACAGUAUCAAUAUGGCAAACAGCCUCUCAAUGGAACUGCAAAAACAAAUUGCAUUAGUGCUGAAAAUUUUUAUCAUUAAAUUAUUUUUCAGCUCAUUUCAUAUCGAGUGAGUUUUGCCAUUGAAAUCAGUUCCCCUGUGAGGAGACACCUGAAAGUCAAAUUGUAUUUUGGGUCUAGUAAGCAAAAUUGGAUUUUUGAAACUAUAAAGAAAAUAUGUAGUAUUUAGUAAUAGGCCCCAGCAAUUUUUCAACAUUUUAAGGCACCUUGCAUCAAAAGGGAAAAUGUGUAUUGAAAACUGAAUUGACCCUUUUGUAAAUGAAUCAGAUAUGUUUUGACAGGGGGGAGGGGGGGCUAAGAAAAAAUCUAGCUAUCUGUUUUUAAUUGCCUUUUUGAAAUAUUAUACACGUAGAUUUUUUGCUAAAUUUCGUACACUCAUAUCAAAAUUUGGACGAGCUCUUAUCCUUGUUCUCUUCAUUAAAUAGAGGUUUGGAUCACAUUUCCAAAGACCUUUAGGUGGCUGGAUAUUUGUUAUGUUUGAAUUAAGAUUGCAACUCUUGUUGAAAAAGCCACACAGUGCCUUGCAAGUUAACCUUAUCAGAAAAGUAGCAUUGUUUGAAAAUAUAUUAAACUUGGGCUCUCUACCAAGUGUGACAGGAACUUCAUAGACAGCACAUUGGUAUCUUUUCCUGUGGCCUGACCCAACUGCAGACAAAAAAGACCGUCUGUUUAUGUCACUCGAUCAAAAUGAGAUGAGCAACCAGAUGUAAUUUCUUCACGUUUUUAAUCGUCUUGUAAACAGUACAGCGUGUUUGCCAAUCCUUGAGGAGCAGUGUUUUCAUGAUAUAUUAAAAUGUUGAUCAUACACAGGCCAGUUGGAACAAGCGUGAUUAUGCAAAAUCUUCACAUUUAGCCAUAGGUAUACAGAAGCAAAGUAAUGUUAUCCCGUUAGAACUAGCAGUUUAAUUAUUUUGCUUAGGGUUAUAAGUGCACCAUUUAUUUGUGCAGGGUUUCGAACGCCUUUUUGUCUCGUUUUACUUUAUACGAGUUGAUUUAAUAGGGUUUUGCAUUAGUAAGGAAAUGUCAGCCAAACAUAGCAUAAGUAAGAACAGACUUUGUAGUGAGUGCGUUGAACUACUUCUGAUACUGUGAUAUCGUUUUUAUUUAGAAGGUGCUUGUUAAAACAAAUCCCCACCAAUUACUAUCAAGUUAGAGCCCUAGCUUAGAUUUGUUCCUUCUCCAGGUUGUCUCCCUUGAUAAGAAAGAGCCGUUUUCCCAUCAAAGCCUCUAUUAAGCCAGUCAGCUGGCUUCGUUAUGUUCUCAUUUAUUUUUGUAUGGCCAUUGCCAUUCGUGAAACUAUUUUAAAAAUUCAAUGAACUUUCAUACAACAAAACAUGAACAUAAAGGUGCCCCAGCUAAAACCUUAUCUUAUGAAAACUAUUUUGUUUCGUAUGAUUUAAUGACCCUAAGAACGAAUAAUCUGUAACUCUGCAGACUAUAUUUAUACAUUUGCGAAACAACAAGGCCCAAAAUAUGAACACAGGAAUUCUGCUUCACCUAAGAAGAGAACUUCUCUUUUGGUUGCCAGGACCAAAAGAUUUCGUCUUAAUUUUCUAUGUUCAAUAUUUGAUAUAUCUUCCUGCUGCAUGUCCUUAGCUUAUUUUUUGUUAUUUAUAAAAGUAAAUAAUCUGUUGUUCAUGCAUAUUUAUGAUUUGGGUCUUUCAAUAAAUUUAAUGCUUAGAAAUUUUGAUUUUAUGAUCAAGCUUACACUUUUUGAUAAAGGCUCUGCUGUCACAAUGUCCGCCCUACUACCUCUGAAUCCCACAAUGCAGUUUGUUUAUUGCAUCUCUUAUUACAAAUGAUGGGAAUUUCAAUUGCUUAUAUUUCCAAACAUUCCUCGUGCGAAAGUAAAUUAUACGCACAUUGACGUUUAAAGUGGUAGUAUGAGUUGGCAUUGUGGCAGCGACUAUUCUACUGCAGUGAGUUAAAAACUUACUUUCCUUGUUUCACUGGUGAUCACUGAUGUUUAAACGGUGUUCAACCACAUAGCUGACAUAGUUCAUUUAAGUUACUUUCCCAAGAACCAGAAUUGAUGUGUGAUAAAACUUAUUCUAGACAGACUGGUAUUUUCAGAUGGAAACCACCUGCUGCCUUGUAUCGUUAAAUCAAAGUCACUAAGAAAUAUGGCUGUUUUAUAUUAUUGAUACAUUUAUAUCCUUAGACAAAUUGUAUGAAGAUAAAGUGUUUAUGAAACAA